AUGAAGAUCUUUGUGACGAUUCUAUUGGCAACUACUGUUACACUCUCUCUAGGGGAUGUGCAGCCAGGUUAUAACUAUCAACAAACAGCUUUUGGUAGUAAUACACAACAAAAUCCAUUAAUAAUGCAAAUUUUAUCGGGACCAAUACCUCAGCAGGCACAACGUAUUUCACAACAAUCAAUCAUUCCAUUAUCUCUUACACAGCCAAGCAAUCAAUAUUUACCUACAGCACAGUCACAAUACCAGAGAUUCCAACAAGCUCAACAAUCUAGUGUUGGCAUGGUAUUACCUAUGCCACUCGGAUUUCCAGGCGUUUUACAAGCACCCAAAACACCACGUCGUUUACGUCCACGUGUGAAGGUACCUAAGAAACCAAUUGUUACUAAAAACUUCUUCAUACACGCCGCUCCAGAGGAAACCGAUGAUGAUAUAGAAGAAGAGUUGGCGCAAUUAGCUCAGCAACCACGUAAACACUACAAUGUGCUCUUCGUCAAGACACCAACUCAAACCAGCAAGGCUGCUGCUCUCAAUCUUGCCAAAUCACUGAAACAAGAAAAAACUGUUGUUUAUGUUCUGUCGAAGAAGACUUCAGCUACGGAAUUGCAAGAUGCCAUUGCCGAAGCACCUCAACAUGUUAAUAAACCAGAAGUCUUCUUUAUCAAAUAUCGUACAGCUGAAGAAGCUGCACAUGCUCAGCGUCAAAUUCAAACACAAUACGAUAGUUUGGGUGGCAGUUCCACUAUUACAGAUGAGGGUGUGGCACCAGUAACUUCUGUUGUAGGUUCAUUAGAUGCUCCUGAGGAAGAGGAAAUUGAUGAACAACAAUUGCAGCAAUUGCCACAGGAACAGAGUUCACAACAACAGCAACAUGUAACGCAAUUGGAUCAGCAAUCAUUGGUGAAUGGUAACAGCAUUGGUAAUCAGUAUUUGCCACCAAGUCAGUAUUAG